AUGUCGUCCCAGUCACGGGAUCGGAGUCUGGUUCAAACAGUGGAGGAGGGCGACGGGUCGACAAAGGCAGUUCGAGGUUCGCCAGAACCUUUGAGCGGCAAUGGCGACGGCGACGAUGGAGGCAACUCGACGGCUGUAAUUCCAGGAAGCCAAAACUCCAUGAGUGAAAGCCCCCGGUCAAAGCAUCUCACACGCGCUGCGGUCCGCCGCGUCCAGGAUUUCCAACGUGGACAUGAUCAGCCAAUCUCGUCUACCGACGAAAUUCUUAAUUGCAGUGACAGUCUUCUCCGCGGCCUCACGCCGCCACCGUGGCCAUCAGAUUUGAUACCACACAGAAAGAGACCGAGACGUGUUGAAGAGAUCCUUGACGAUGACAGCCCGCGCAGCCGCGACAAAUUAUCGGUAGAGCUUGACGAGAUGGCCAGCGACAGCAAGAAGAGGAAGGUGGAGCUUCCAUAUCGCGCAAAGCAAGGCGAAGCUGGGCCUUCAAGUCGGCCGAGUGACAGGGAGUGA